UCUCAUAAACCAUAGCUUAGCUUCUCCCGACCCCUCUAUCGACAAAGCCUCGUCCUAGGCUCCCCUUGCUACCCAAAUCCGACCUACGCUUCGCACUCGUUUGGUCGUGCCAUUACCAUAAUAAUGAACCUCGCUAACGCGUUUUUCUGAACCUCGUUUUGUGUUUACUCCCCACUCAAUCCAUCACCCCCAACGAACAUGGAUAGCACGAUCGCCUCUGUGGUUAUUGACAACGGUGCCGCGACCACCAAGGCCGGUGUCUCGAGUGAUGAGAUUCCGUCUCUUGUCUUCCCUACCAGUUACUCCCAGAACGCCAACACCCAGGAGGUGGUGGUGGGCGACGAAAUCCAUGCACAUCCCGCGAACGACGUGUACACGCUUAUGAAACACGGAAUGAUAUACAACUGGGACAACAUCAUAUACAACUGGGAGCACGUCUACGCGUCGCUCCAAUUGGUACCUCAGGAGUCGCCGUUGGUGAUGACGGAAAACGUAUGGAACACGGCUGCCAAUAAGGCCAAAACCUGCGAGUUGGCGUUUGAAAACCUCCAAGUGCCAAUCUUCAGCUUGGUCAAGAGCCCACUCUGUGUGACAUAUGGUAUGGGCAAGGCCACGGGCUUGGUAAUCGAUAUCGGCAGCUCCGUUGCAAGUGUGACCCCAAUUUUGGACGGUGCUAUCCUCGCCAAGGGUCUCAAACACUCCCGCUUUGCCGGGGACUUUUUGGACUUGCACGUAAUGAACUACCUCACCACCACCCAUGGACUUAAGUUGGACAGCUUGUUGCCCGCGCGUUUUGCCAACGUGGCGGUGUCUCAGUCGUUUAAGACGUACCAGAUCGGAUCCGUCUUGGACGAUUUCAAGUCCUCGAUCACCGCGCUCUCGAACUUCCCCUUAUCGCUCCUGCAGCAGUACCAAACCGGUUUAAAGCACUACCAGUUACCCGACGGUAAGGUUUUGCCGUGCGGCCCCGAGCAGUUGCACUUGGCGGAGCCAUUGUUCCAGCCAAUCUCGUACGCUUUGCCUCCGCCGUAUACAAUUGCGCCAUCGGCGGCGGGCGGCCCGCAGCAACAGACCGGUGGGUUGAUGGAGCUCGUGUUGGCGUCCUUGAAGUCGCUUGAGGCCAACGGUGACGUCUACGGGCAGUUGUUGUCGAACAUAAUCAUAACGGGUGGUGGGUCGUUGUUGCAGGGCUUGGAGACCCGCCUUUUGAAUGAUUUGAACCGCUUUUUGCCCAACUUCAAUAUCUCGUACUACUCCAGCUCCGGUAUCAAUAGUGUUGAGAGAAAGUUUGGCAGUUGGGUCGGCGCCAGCUGUUUGUCAUCCAUCGGUGAUGACGGCUUGGUCAGCGGCUUUGACAGCGGCGAGGGCUUAUUUGUGAGUAAGCAGGAUUACGAGGAGUUCGGGGUAGACUCUGUUGUCCAAAGAUUUUCCUAAAGCCUGCCCGACAAGCCGGUAGUCAGGCGUUUCUCAUAGGCACUUUCUGUCUUGACAUUCUAUGUAUUAUUAAUUGUAUAUUCAGACGGG